AUAUAUGUAAAUGUUUAUCAUUUUGGGUGCAGGCACCACCACAAUGGGCGGUGGGAGGCACGAAUUGGGCGGGUGCUGGGGAACAAGUACCUAUACCUGGGAACCUUUGAUACCCAAGAGGAAGCAGCCAGGGCCUAUGAUCUUGCGGCCAUCGAAUACCGAGGCGCUAACGCCGUAACCAACUUCGACAUUAGCCGCUACCUGGACCAGCCGCAGUUACUGGCACAAAUGGAGCAGGGGCCACAGGUGGUGCCAGCAUUGCAAGAGGAACUUCAACAUGAUCAACAAAGUGACAACGCAGUCCAAGAGCUCAACUCGGGUGAAGCGCAGAAGCCGGGUAGCGUCAACGAGCCGAUUGCAGUGGAUGACACAGACAGCGCCGGAGACAUCGGUGCCCCCCUUGUGUUUGACAGCGGCGUCGAGGAGAACCUGUGGAGCCCUUGCAUGGAUUAUGAUUUGGACCCCAUCUUUGGACGCGACAUCAGCAACUCGAUGAAUCUGAGCGAGUUCUUCAACGACCCCACCUUCGAGAGCAACAUCGGGUACCUGUUCGAAGGAUGUCCCGACAUCGAUGACUGCAGCACCAGGCAUGGCGCAGGCCUGGCGGCGCUCGGUUUUCUCAAGGAAGGUGACGAUAAUAUGAAGGAUGUUCCAGACAUGGAUGCAGAAAUAACUCCUCAAGCAAACGACGUCUCCUGCCCUCCAAAAAUGAUCACCGUGUGUAAUUGAGUAUCUCUAUGCCCUCAUGUCCAAGGAAGGUUUCAGGUUUUCAUGUUGGGUAUACUUCUUAGCUAGCUUCUUGUAGGCUGUCUGUCUGUCUGAUCAGGUCGGAGAAAUUCAUGUGUUCAUCCCCAUCCUUUGAGAAAAACCCAAAGGCAUUCUACUUGGUAUGGUAUGAGUGCCAAUGUUCCUUUUU